GAGAGAGAGAGAGAGAGGGAGAGAGAGCUAGGGAGAGAAAAGGAGAGAGGGAACGAGAGCGUGAGAGCACAUUAAUCUGUCAUGAGCAGAGCCCUUUCAUUCACACACCUGCCCGUGCCGCGAGCGUGUGCCUCGAUCCGGCACGCCGAACUCCCUCCGCUAGCCGAAGAGCACCGCGCUAGCCGCCGGCGCUAAGCCCCCUCGCCGCCCGGCCGCCCGCCAGCCAGCCAGAGAGCGAGCGAGACAUCAGCCGGGAACGGCGAGAGAGAGCGCAGCGGAAAGCAAAACACACGAGAGAGAGAGAGAGAACUGAGAGGAAGAGAAGAAGAAGACGGAGAACAAGCAAGGGAGGAGGACAGCGCGAAGAGAGAGAGAGAGACACACACACAAAACCGCUCGCUGUGCGAGGAGGAGGAGGAGGGAACGCGAGAGACUGAAGCAGAGGCUGAGAGAGAGAGAGAGAGGGAGAGAAAGAGGAAGAGAGAGCGGCGGAGGAGAGGAAAGAAGAGGAAGAGGAAUAACGAUAUUGUUCCGGCGCUCCCCGAGGCACAAUGGGAAAUGCACCGUCCCAAGCCAACGCCGGGGCCUGUUUUCCCAAGCAAGAUCCCGAGCGUGGCGGGGGAGGUCACAUGAUCUCCACGGACGACCUGGAGUACCCGCGGGAGUACCGCACGCUGGGGAACGGCACGCGGCGCUUCUCCAACGUGGGGCUGGUGCACACGUCCGAGCACCGGCACACCGUCAUCGCCGCGCAGAGCCUGGAGGCGCUGACCGGCCUGCAGAAGGCCGACAUGGAGCGCAAGCGCGACGCCUUCCUGGACCACCUCAAGAACAAGUACCCCCCGCAGCACCCGCCGUCCCCCUCCCCGUCCCACGGCAGCAUGAGGGGGGCGCCCGAGCGCGCCCGCGACCGAGACCGCGACCGCGAACGCGAACAGCAACAGCCGAACUACUGGAGCUUUAAGGUCAGUGCUACGCGUAGCCCCCGGCACUCCCAGUCCACGCAGUCGGGCCUGGCUGACCAGGCCGCCAAGCUGUCCUUCGCCUCGGCCGAGUCGCUGGAGACCAUGUCGGAGGCAGACGUCCCUCUGGGGUUCAACCGAAUGAACCGCUUCCGGCAGAGCCUGCCCCUGUCCCGCUCGGCCAGCCAGACCAAGCUGCGCUCCCCAGGCGUGCUCUUCCUGCAGUUCGGGGACGAGACGCGGCGGGUGCACAUCACGCACGAGCUGAGCAGCCUGGACACGCUGCACGCGCUCAUCGUGCACAUGUUCCCGCAGAAGCUCACCAUGGGCAUGCUCAAGUCGCCCAACACCGCCAUCCUCAUCAAGGACGAGGCGCGCAACGUCUUCUACGAGCUGGAGGACGUGCGCGACAUCCAGGACCGCAGCAUCAUCAAGAUCUACCGCAAGGAGCCCAUCUACGCCUCCUACCCCGCCGCCCACCUGGCCAACGGCGACCUGAGGAGGGAGAUGGUGUACUCGUCCCGCGACUCCUCCCCCACCCGCCGCCUCAACAGCCUGCCCUCCUCGGCCUCGCCCCCCUCCGGCUCGCCGUCCCGCUCCCGCCUGUCCUACGGCGGGGGGCGCCCCCCCUCCUUCUCCGGGCCCGGGGGCCACCCGGGCCAGCAGCCCCACCACCCGCACCACCCGCACCAGCCCCACCCGCACCACCCGCAGGCGGGCCACCCGGCGGGCGGCGGCGGCGGCGGCGGCGGCGGCGGCCUCUCCCCGUCGCCCAGCGCCAUCCUGGAGCGGCGCGACGUGAAGCCGGACGAGGAGGUGUCGGGGAAGAACAUGGUGGUGCUGAAGAACGAGGGCCUGUACGCCGACCCCUACGGCCUGGUGCACGAGGGCCGGCUCAGCAUCGCCUCCACGCAGUCGCUGGCCGCCAUCGGCGACCCCUUCGGCUUCCCCGUGUCCGGCGGCCUGUACCGCCGCGGCUCCGUCCGCUCGCUCAGCACCUACUCCGCGGCCGCCCUGCAGGGGGAGCUGGAGGAGGCGCUGUACAAGCCCGGCGGGCCGCUCUACGCGGACUCCUACGCCUCCACGCUGGGCAUGGGCUUCCGCCUGCCGCCCUCCUCGCCGCAGAAGAUCCCGGACAUGCAGCUGCGCGACCGGGACGCGUACUCGGGCCCGCCCAGCCGCGCCUCGCCCGUCCGCCAGACCUUCCGCAAGGACUCCGCCUCCUCCGUCUUCGUGGAGAGCCCCAAGUCCCGCCCCGGCUCCGGGUCCGACCCGCUCGGCGGGGGCGGGGGCGUGGGGGAGGGGCCGAGGGGGACCGGGUACGGCUCCCCGCUGCCCGGCAACGAGACGGAGACGCGUGAGCGGAUGGAGGCCAUGGAGAAGCAGAUCGCCAGUCUGACGGGUCUGGUGCAGAGCGUGCUCACCCGCGGCCCCGACAGCGACAGCACAGAGAAGACUGAGUCCACUAGCGAUGGCUCUGCCACAGGAACUCUCACUCCCUCCGCCCCCCUGGCCCUGAUGCCGCCGCCCCCUCCCUGCGGAGAAACGCAGACCGACAGCGACACGCGGCUGCAGAUGCAGCUGCACCUGCGCGACCUGCAGCAGAACGCCUUCGAGCUGCGCAGCCAGCUGUCCCAGCUGCGCAAGCUGCAGCUCCAGAACCAGGACUCGGUGCAGACGUUGCUGAAGCGCACAGAGACUGAGAUCAGCGUGCGGGUGACGGACGCCCUGCGCAAGCAGGAGGACCCCCUCCAGAGACAGCGCCUCCUGGUGGAGGAGGAGCGGUUGAAGUACCUGAACGAGGAGGAGCUCAUCAUCCAGCAGCUGCAUGACCUGGAGAAGUCGGUGGAGGAGAUCCAGAAGGACUCCUCCGUGAACCACAAGCACGCGACGGUCCAGGAGCUGGAGGAGAAGGCCGUGGUGCUGAGGAAGCUGGGAGAGACGCUCACUGAGCUCAAGAACCAGUUCCCCAGCUUGCAGAGUAAGAUGCGGGUGGUGCUGAGGGUGGAGGUGGAGGCCGUGAAGUUCCUGAAGGAGGAGCCGCACCGACUGGACGCCCUGCUGAAACGCUGCAAGUCCAUCACCGACACACUGGCCACUCUGCGCAGGCAGGUGAAUGAGGGCUCCAUAUGGAAGAGGCACGAGGACUUUUCCGGCUCGUCCCCCAGGCAGAGUGAGGACGUGGGGAAGGGCGCGGCGGAUUUGGACGUCCCCACGAGCCCGCCCCUCGGCGACGUCGGGGACGCCUCCGGCCUGAGCAGCUGGACGCCCCACGCCGGCUCUGGCAGCCCGUCCGGCCCCCACCGCGACCGCGACUCCUACCCGCCCGUCCCGGCCAAGAGCCGCGCCCUGGAGGAGCUCUCCGCCCGCCGCGGCCCCGCCGACAAGUCCGUGUCGGUGGAGGUCAGACUGGCCGCGGAGCGGGACUGGGAGGAGAAGAGGGCCAGCCUGACUCAGUACAGCACGCAGGACAUCAACCGGCUGCUGGAGGAGACGCAGGCCGAGCUCAUGAAGGCCAUCCCGGACCUGGACUUCGCCGCCAAGCAGAUCAAGCCCCCGGUGCCCGCCCCCCCGGCCCUCCAGAACCUCCCCCCCUCCCUCCAGAACCUGGCCCCCACCCCGGAGCACCGCCCCAGCAAGCCGCAGUCCCACCUGCACAAGCUGCCCAGCAAGGAGCCCGGCUCCCGCCGAGGGUCAGACGAGCUGACGGUGGCCCGCUAUCGUACGGAGAAGCCCUCCAAGUCGCCCCCUCCCCCGCCGCCCCGCCGCAGUUUCCCAUCAUCCCCUGGGCUCACCUGCCGCAGCGGCGAGGUCAUCGGGCCCGGCAAGAGCAUGAAGAAGUCUGAGUCGGAGGAGGCGGAGUCGGCGAAGCCGCACGUCAAGCUUCGGCGGACGGUGUCGGAGGCGCCCCGCCCGGCCUCCACGCCCCCCGCCAUCGCCUCGGGGGCGAAGGACGAGGAAGAGGAGGAGCAGAAGAACGUGGCGGAGUCCCCAGCGUCAGUGGAGCGGUCCUGUUUGCUGCAGGAUCCAAACACACUGGAUCAGCACCGCAAACGCACACCCAGACGGGCCCCCCAGCUCCAGGAUGUUUCAAUGAGUAGCUGGUCCAAUCGAGUCAUGCAGGAUGGAUUCAUAGCAGGAAGUGACAUCACAACAGGAAGUUACAUCAUAGCAGGAAGUGACCUCACUACAGGAAGUGGCAGCAGCUGUGUCAGUGACUCUCACCAUAACGUACAGGCCCAAACACGGCGUUGGUCGGUCUCAAGGGACUCCCGCCCUUCUCAGGAGGUCCCUGAAGGCCGGGAACCCUGGGAAGAGCUGGGCCUCCUUGUUACAGAGAGGGAGGUGAGGGUGCUGUCCAGAGCAGAGGCCCAGAAUGUCAUCAGGGAGAGAGGGGAAGAGGUACAGACUAUGACUGUCCCAGUCCAGACCCCGGGUGAGGGCGGAAGUGUCCACAGCGUCCCUGACCUGAGCCGAGCUCCAUUGGUCCUGCUCUUUACGGAAGCCGUGUGUGUCAGCGAGGCCUACCGCCUCCUGCUGGCCGUGCUGGAGAAGGACUGCGGGCCGGGCCAUCCUGAGCCUGCGGAUCCAUCAGGGAGGCAGGCCGCCGGUCAUGGGGCCGUGGAGCUCCAGACCACCCCCGGGGCCCGGCCGGCCCACAGGCAGCUCGGCCAGCUGAAAGAGGCGGUGAAGCUGGGGAUAAGAACGGGACAGAGGACCCUGGAAGUCCCCGUCACAGCGGGGACGGAGGGCGUGGCGGCUGGCCUGACCAGGGACACCCUGCCGAAGCCUGCUGUCUCUGAGCCAGGCCAGGCCGAAGCAGACCAGCCCGGAUCAGACCAGGCACAAGCAGGCCAGGUCAGAACAGGCCUGGCUGAAGGCCAGGCCGAAGCAGACCAGGCAGAAGUAGGCCGGUUCAGGAGGUCCCUGGGGGAGGACAUCCGGAGCAGUACCUACAGGCGGCUGGGAAGCCUGGAGGAGACCAUCCGUGAUCUGGAGCACGCCCUGCAGGAGUUCGGGGUCCCCCCCUCCGUGCCCGUUGACCCCCCAGGCUCGACGACCACGCCCUCCCCCAACAAGACCCGGCCACCCGUCCCACCGAAGCCCAAAUCCAAGGCCUUCGCCAUCCAGCCGACCGCGACCAAGAGUGGCAGCAGCAGCAGUCCCGCCGUUCCCGCUAAGCCCCUCCACUCCUCCACCGCCGCCUCUCGCCUCAAGCACCUCCAGCAGAGCAGCUCGGAGAAGGGCAAGACGGGCAAGCUGCGAGACGACUUCCUCAAGAACCAGGGCCAGCAGGCUCUCAGCAGCGGUGUCAGGGCCGUGGAGCCCCUCCUCUCCAGCGCUCGGACCGUCAGCUUCUCGGGCCGGCUGCCCUCCUCCUCCACCCUACCAUCCUCCUCCUCCUCCUCCUCCGUCGGCGUCUUCGGCGCGGGCCUGAAGCGGUACCCCCAGGAGGGGGCGCUGUCGUCGCUGUCGGCCUCCACCGGGCCGGCCAAGGCCCUGCUGGCCAGCCUGUCCGCGUCCAGCCUGGGGGCCGAGGCUCUGCUCCUGUCCUCCACGCUCCGCCACCACCGGCUCCUCCGGGAGCAGCGCGCCUCCUCCUCUGCCUCCUCCCCCCUGCCCAACGGCCGGCCCUCCGCCAUCACCACCUCCUCGUCGCCGACCUCCACCUCCUCCUCCUCCUCCUCUUCCGCCUCCUCCACGCCCCCCUCGCCCUCCCCGCUGGCCUCCCUCACCCUCUCCUCGCUGGGCCUCAAGUCGGCCACGCGGAGCCUCCAGGACUCCGGCCUCCAGGGCCUCCAGGAGCCCAGAGGCAGGCCCCUCCCCAAGCCUGUGCCCCCGGGGAGCUCUGAAUGAGCACAGAGAGACACGAUCAUGCUGCAACCACGAGAGAAAGCACAUAGAACUGCCCCCAAACACGCACAAGAAUACCCCUAUGACCCUAUGUGUCCCUGUUGCACACACAGGAAUGUCCCUAUAACACACACAGGAAUGUCCCUAUAACACACACAGAAAUGUCCCUAUAACACACACAAGAGUGUCUCUAUAACACACAGAAAUGUCCCUAUAACACACACGAGUGUCUCUAUAACACACAGAAAUGUCCCUAUAACACACACAAGAGUGUCUCUAUAACACACACAGAAAUGUCCCUAUAACACACACUGAAUGUACCUAUAACACACACAUGGAUGUCCCUAUAACUCACACGGGAAUAUCCCUAUAUAUCACACACCGUACUACUCACCCAAUCACACAGGCCAGGACAGAAGUGCAGUAAAUUUGGAUAAGGGGGUGGGGGGGGGGGGGCAGGGGCAGAGUCUCUCCAAAUGAGCUUACUUUAUAGUGUUUUAUAAAAAAAGUACAGGGUGUUGCUAGGAUUUAAUGUCGUAUUGAGGUUUCUGUGCAAGCAUUUCACUCACUAAAGCACCAAGCACCUUUCAGCAGAGAAAUACAAGACAAAGAGCGAGAUGUUCUCCUGAAGAGACGCCGUCGUCCCGUCCGCAGACGUCCCCCAGCGCCGCACUGUGCUCUGAGACUCUUAAACCGAGUGGGUCACCCACAGGCAGAGCAGGACGGGUGGGACCCCCACGGAUCUUCCACAGGCUCCGUGUGGGUCCCACCUGUCCGGAACAGUCUGCUGUGCUCACCUGUUUACCCUGGCGUGUACAGUCUCCUUCAGCCAUUGCUGACUGGUUCUCCAUCUGCACCAGUACAGGUGAGCUGUUUUAUCCACCUACCUAUUACAGGUGAGCUGUUACACCCACUCACCUAUCACAGGUGAGUUGUUUUACCCUCCUACCUAUUACAGCUGAGCUGUUUAUACCCACCUACCUAUUACAGGUGAGUUCUUACUGUAGACUCACCUGGUACUGAGCGAGAUUCGUUCCGAACCGUGAAGGCCCCACAGCCAGAUCUUACAUUAUUUACCGAGUUUCAGACAAUUUUGUGGUCAACCAUUUUUAAUUUGUCGGACACAUUAUGAAACAACGAAAGAGUUGCAAUAAUCCAAAGGGGAUUGUAUUUUCACCCUUUCACUUUCAGAUUUUUCUAUUUUCCCCACCACCAGAACCUGAAUCAAUUUUUAAUAGGUAGUUUGAUUCUCCAAAAAAAGAAAAGAAAGAAUAUUCGCAAUUUGUUUUGCCAGUUGCACAGUUUGGAAGAGACUGGAAUGGUGCUGCUUUGGUCUAAAUCCGUGGACUGUCCAUAACCCCUUUUUUCCAUCCUAACGUCCCUCAAUCACGCGGUGUCCGAUUCGGUGUGCGCUGGGUGGGGUGUGACAGGUGACAGGUGUCACUCUCACUCUGUGACCCUGUGUUCAGUUGUCAUAACAACAGAUGGUUCAGUAGAGGAGAGGAUGCACGGCGGCCAUUUUGUGGCCUCUUGCUGUAUGUGUCUCUGACCACAGUGGGUUUACACUGUGUGUGCAGAAGGGCUCUGCUUUUUCAAAAUGGAGGUACGCUUUUGGUUUCCUUAGAAACGUUCGCACGCACACGCUUGUUUGUCAAAGACAAUUUGUAUGGGUGGUGUUGGUUGUAGAAUUGUUAUCUUGUAGGUAAUUUCUUCUGAAACAUCUGAGAAGGCUCUAAGGCCCGGAUUCAGUCAACGUCUCUGCUUAUCUCUGGCCCCGAAAUUGAACGCGAGUGUUUGUGUUCAUUUUCGUGCUCUCAGACAGUUUCGCAAAUUCAAAAUGCAAUUACCGCUAACUGAGUAAACGAAUACCCAGGUUUUGUUUAUUUAAAAAAAAUAAAGUUUAGCAUUGAAUUAAGGAUUGAAUUGAAUGUUAAGUUGCUUGAAUCUAGACUGAAAAGCAUUAAAUAGAUUUAGUUGUACAAAUAGUAUUUCAAAAAUACCAAAAAAAUUUAGUCUACGUUGCUUUUCCACAUGAGAGCCUCUUUCACUUACUAGUAAUAAUUUCAAUAGACCGUCUAUCAGUAUAGAUACAACGUUGCGAAUUAGCCGCUAGUGCUGUCGGGUAAAGGUGCAAUUUUUAGAAAAAGAACACGCCUGCUUGUUUAUGUAUUUACCAAUAUGGGAGACGCAUCCCACAGUCCUUUUCCAAUACCCUGCGAGGGGUGCAGAGAAAUAACCAGAGGUGGGAAUGAAAUGGCAGCUCCUCAGUGUCUUUUAUUUAUUUCGUUAUUUAUUUAUUUAUUUUUUUAGAGAAUGGGCCUCCACACCUCCAUUACGUUUCUGGUUCUCGCAGUCGGUGGGAAAAUAGUUUUUUGGGUUUUUUUUUUUUUUUUAAACAGUCAUGUGCAUGUCAUUGUACGCAAUAAUCUAAAUUCUCGCAUAAACUGAUGACUCCCAAUAUUCAGGGCACUGGUGCGCAUGUAAAUGAUGUAGCCAGUGCCUUUAUACCAAAUACAAAAAAGCUUUCAGCACUUUCCAGUAAUGCAGGAGAGUGAGAGUUUAUGACAGGUGGGCAACUAGGACCGUGUCCGUUUCUGGUUUUCUGGGCAAACUUCGGGGAUUAAUUUCUUAAUUUAGCUCAAACGUUGACAUUCUGGCUGUUCUUGUGCCCCGAUACAAAAUGUUUUAUCGUGAUCGAAUGUACGAGUGAGCCACUGUUGUUGUAUACAGCCAAAAGCUCUUGUAGCCAGAGCGACUGUUGGAAACAAAAACCUGCGUUCGCACCGACUCUCGUGUGCCAGAAUCUCCCACCCCUGAUUGACGACAGUGUUUCUUGCGUGGGAUUUGUCGCAUCGCGGGAGCAGCCGAUAUUUCGCUUGCCUUUUAAUUUUUACCACGCCUCGCAAAAUGCCGUCGAGUUCUUCUUUCACUCUCCGCUCUCCGCUCUGUCGUCGGAAACAGAUUGCGGUUGCUGGUCACACGCCCAGCGAGCUUUUUCAGUUACGCACAAAAGCGAGCUCGGGGUAUUGAUUUGGUGUGCCGUCAAAGCAAAGCACGAUGGUUUAAUGCAAGAGACGGUGACAGGAGAGGAGCCUUCUGGGUCGGAUUUUAUCGUUGCGUGGGCGUUCGCCGAUGGUUCCUGCGUACACUUAGGACGGAAUUCUCUCGAGCACAUGACCCCCGGAUCUGUUUGAGUGGGCCGGCAGCGGAGCGAACGUGCCGACGGCUGCUUUUGGCGGCCUCCGUUUGACGAUGAGCAAGUCUCAUCUCGCUCGUUUGACGCGUUCCCCGAUCCGACGAUCGCCUGGUCAGUACGGACGCGUGACGUGGACGUAUCCCGGGUUCCACCACCGGGUGUGACUGACAGAACGAGUGACGUGUUGAAGCUGGGCGUCGUGACUCUCCGUCUGUUCGACGAUGAUCUGUUCAUCUCGUCUGACACGUCGCUUUCUCUCCCUGAGUCCCAACAUGGCUGCCGCGCGUCGCUUUGAGUGGGCGUGUGCUCGCGUGGGAAGCGUGGAUGGACUUGACGUCUGUAACUUGUGUGUGCGUGCGUGCAUGUGCACUGGGACCGUAGAAUAAAUAGCAAGGAAAAAAAUACAGCUUUGUGGUCCACCUCUAAUAGCUGUUUAAUGAAGCACAGGGUGCAUGAUGGGAAUGUUCUUCCCAUUGGAACAAGCAGAAAGCGUUUGGUUCCAAGCCCUGCUGCCCACGCACAUCAUAGGCAUCACAGUGUAGUAACGGGACUGGACCCUGGCUUGUGUUGGAGUGUAAUUGUGAGGUGUGGAGGCAUGCGAGAAACACAGUGUGUUGAGGCUUGGGUAUUUUAUCACGAACUGUGGAGUUCUGGUUAACACCCCAUGAGUCAGGGGUGUCCAGUCUUACUAAAGAUCUGUUGUGGGGGGGGAAGACUUU